AUGCCCAAAGAUCGAAUGGAUGCCCUUGAUGACAUUGGAUUUUGCUGGUAUUCACAUGAUGAAGCUUGGGAAACAAUGUAUGCUGAAUUGAAGAAAUUCCAAGAAAGCCAUGGUCACUGCAAUGUGCCAUUCUCAGGAAAACUAGGCAAUACGCAGCGAACCCUUUACAACAACAGAGGAGAGAUGACUGAGGAGAGAUUUCAAAAGCUGCAGGAGCUCGGUUUCACUUGGGUUGUACGUGGAGGAGAUUGGCUGGCCAUGUUUGCCAACCUGAAGAAAUUCCAAGAAAUGCAUGGUCACUGCAGGGUUCCAAAAGCAGAUGGAAAACUAAGCAGUUGGGUCUCCAGGCAGCGAUCCGCUCACAACAAAGGGAAGCUGAUUGAGGAGAGAUAUCAAAAGCUGCAAGAGCUUGGUUUCACUUGGACACCCAAAACAAGUUAUGCUGAUCCGUUGGGAGAAGAUUGGCUGGCCAUGUUUGCCAGCCUGAAGGAAUUCCAAGAGAGGCAUGGGAAGCUGAAUGAGGAGAGAUUUCAAAAGCUACAAGAGCUUCGUUUUACUUGGGCUGUACAUGGCGAUUCUUCCUCUCAUGUCACACAUUCUAAUGGACAGAGUACCCGAUCUCAAUCAUCCAGGAAGGAUGGAGCAGCUGGCCAAAAGAGAAAAAUUGUUGCUGAUGAUUCUGAUGAUUCUGAUUUGGGUGAUGAUGAUGAUGAUGAUGAUGAAGAAGAAGAGAUGAGAGACAUUGAGUUGACGAAAGGAGAAGGUGAGUCUGAAGAGGAACCAACGUCUGAUGAAGAAAUGAUCAGCAAGCCUCCAGCAAAGAAGCUCAAGGGAGCAACAAAAUUUCGAGGUCGCAAACUGCAAGCUUGUACCAGGAAAAAGAAUCCCGCUCGGACCAAGAAUGCUGCGAAAGAGGGCCGCACCAAAUCCAUCUGUGAUGACAAUGUUGCAAGCAGGGGAACGAUUGCUACCACACUGGAUCAAGAAUCAGACAAGGAUGACAAUCAAGGUUACAGCACAGAGAAUGAAGUUUCUAGUGAGGAGGACAAUGGAGAUAGCGACUGUGAGGAGAAAGAAGACCGGGGUGAGGAGGAGGAGGACUUGCAUUAUGAGGGAAGCAAUCAACCAGCUUCCAGGAGGGCCAAAGGUUCUCAAAGCAAAACUGAACUUCGGAAGCUCCGCAAGCUAGUUGCUGCCCAGGAAACAGUCAUCAAAUACCAGAUUGAACGGCUGCACCACAAGAAAGCUAUUAUCCACAGUCAAAGAAGGGCUAUCAAAAAGCAAAAACGGAUGAUCAGCAUGAAACAGAAGUCCAUCCAAGAGCUCCCAAAUCAGUUGGCUGCUCGGCAACAGCAAGUUGACACGAUUCAAAAGGAGCUUGCAGAUCUUCAGUCCUAG